UAAUUCCUGAAUCCCGAUGAUGUUAUAGUUUAUACUUUAAUACUUGUGUGAUUCUGAUUCACGAGAGAGAAAGAGAAAGAAUCAAAAAGCAGAGACCGAUCUGAUUCGAUUACUUCCAUGGAGAAACCAGCAAGAUCAAAGGGGAAAAUCUUCUCAUUCAUAGCUGGAGCCACACCCAUCAGCCCUGGUCCUGAAAAGAGGUCCGAGAAUUGGAGCAAAUUCAAAGCCAACCAUCCCUGCAAAGGUUUUUCUGGUCCCAUCAUAUCCAUUAUUCCAGCCGAAGCUCGCAGGAAAUCAAGGAGUGGUAGCUUCGAUGCUGCAGAACCCACAUCCCCAAAGGUGUCUUGUAUGGGUCAAAUCAAACACAAGCACAAGAAGCUCAAGAACAAGAACCAGAAGAAGCUCAUUGUGAGAUCCAAGACUCUGUCUUCUCCUCCGGAUUUCCAUGAAUCGUCUACCGGAGAAGUAAAGAAGAAGAAGCCCUUUUCGGGGAUUCGUAGAAUUUUCCGGAAUAGGAAAUCUGAUAAUUCUGAUGCUGUGUUUGACGAUUCUGAUAGGGAAGUAACAGUUCAGGUUCAGGGUAGGGAGCAACCUUCUUUGGGUCAGAUGAAGCGGUUCACAAGUGGUCGUGAUUCUCUAGCUAAUUUCGAUUGGACGGCACAGGUGCCGGCGGCGUCAAAUGACCGGAAAUAUCAUUCCGAUGAGGAGAGAGAUGGAGGGGAGAGUGAUGAUGAAGAUGGUAUAAUAAUUUAUCACUCUGCACCCAUAAAUUCAUAAUGGUGGUUGGUGGAGUUUGUGACUUUUGGAGCCAAGGAAAGAAGUUAAAUCUGUGGAAGAGAAGAACUGAAGA